CCGCGCCGCCGCCGGCCGGGCCGCUGUCAGCUCUCCUCAGCGUCGGGCCGAGGCGCUGUGUAUGCUGAGCUGCUGCGGCCGCAGGCUGCUGCACGUCCUGGGCCUUAGCUUCCCGCUGCUGACCCGCCGGCCGCUUUUUCUCUGCCCUCACCGCCUCAUGAAACCGCUGGUCGUGUUCGUCCUCGGCGGUCCUGGCGCCGGCAAGGGGACCCAGUGCGCCCGCAUCGUCGAGAAAUAUGGUUAUACACACCUUUCUGCAGGAGAACUUCUUCGUGAUGAAAGGAAGAACCCAGAUUCACAGUAUGGUGAACUCAUUGAAAAGUACAUUAAAGAUGGAAAGAUUGUGCCAGUUGAGAUAACCAUCAGUUUGUUAAAGAGGGAAAUGGAUCACACAAUGGCUGCCAAUGCUCAGAAGAAUAAAUUCUUGAUUGAUGGGUUUCCAAGAAAUCAGGACAACCUUCAAGGUUGGAACAAGACCAUGGAUGGGAAGGCCGAUGUGUCUUUCGUUCUAUUUUUUGACUGUAAUAAUGAGAUCUGUAUUGAACGAUGCCUUGAGAGGGGAAAGAGUAGUGGUAGAAGUGAUGACAACAGAGAGAGCUUGGAGAAGAGAAUUCAGACCUAUCUUCAGUCAACAAAGCCAAUUAUUGACUUAUAUGAAGAAAUGGGGAAAGUCAAGAAGAUAGAUGCCUCUAAGUCUGUUGAUGAAGUUUUUGAUGAAGUUGUGAAGAUUUUUGACAAAGAAGGCUAACUCUAAACCUGAAGGCAUCCUCGAAAUCAUGCUUGAAUAUUGCUUUGAUAGCUGCUAUUACAACCCCUUUUUAAGGCAAUUUUAAUCUUUCAUAAUUACAUCUCAAUUAAUGGCUGGAAAGUAUAUAAUAAGACAAAUUAAAUUUUUUAUCUUAGAUUUUUUUGGUUAUAGGAGUAGAUAGUGAAUUCGGGUCUAACUUCAUCUUAGCUAUGGUGCUCACAAAACAAAGAAGGAUAUCAGCUUAGUUCUUUGUUUUUACUCAGAAAGCAUAUCCCUUUUAUAGUUUGUGCCUUCUGUGAGCAAAACUUUUUAGUAUGUCUGUAUAUCCCUUUAAUAAUUACAACAUGUUAGGAUUAGGGAUUCCCCAUUUCCUUGUUUUCUUGCAAGUUUUAAAUUUCCAACCUGUUAAGUGAAUUUGUGGACCAAAUUCCAGAGGAACUUCUUGUAUAGUCAGUUCUUGCAAAAUGUGUUUGGUAAAUUCAUGAAAUUAAUUCCUGGAAGUGUUUUAGUAUAUAUCAAAUAACUGACCAUUUCCUAUAGAAAGGUAAGAAAAUAGGCUUUGUUUUAUUACAACUUACACAAAGUUGUGUGACAGGGCAUCUUCUUUGCUUCCAGGGAUUGGGAUGGGGUCACUGGGGGUUCAGAGCCUGGCAGAUUUGUCAGCUUUAUUCUGACAUAAAUCUGAGGGUAGGGGGCAAGGAUCACAUCUAAUGACCUGUGUUCCUGUGCUCUAUUAUAGAGUGUUAUUAAUGAUUUAAAUUGAUCUUAACAAAAUUCCUAGCAGUGGAACCUUGAAAUGCAUGUACGAGGUUUAUGGUAAAUGAUUUGGUUAGCGGUUUGGUAACACUUCAUUCAAAGUGUUUUUGUUUGUUUUUUAAACUAAACAUAGGGUUGGUAUGUAGUAAAAACAUCUAAUGGUUAAUUUCCCAUUUGUGUUUUAUUUUCUUGAAUACUUCUUUUCAGUUAUUUGUUUAAGGAGAUUAAAAAUCAUUGCACUUUGGUCAGAAAAAUAAUAAAUAUAUCUUAUAAAUGUUUGAUUUCUUUCCUGGCUACUUUUAUUUAGUAUAUUGUUUUUUGGCAUCAUGUUGAAGCAUUGAAAGGUACAGAAUUAAUAAAAAAAAAAAAAAAGCUA